UCUUCCCAACCCAGGGAUUAGAACCCAGGUCUUCAGCACUACAGGCGGAUUCUUUACUGGUUGAGCCACAUCUGAGGCCUGCCUAAACCAUUUUACCUCCCUAGUCUUGCUCCAGGUCGCUCCCCAUCUUAGCCUCUAGGGUCAGCAGCUACGGUUUCCUGCCUCUGCCCUAUUCCCUGCCCUUAUCUCUUAGCUGAGCAGCCCUCUCUCUUAUCCCCUCUCCAGGCCCUUUGGUUCUCGGUGGGAAGUCCGAUGUCCUGCUGGUUCUCCUCUCUGCUCCCCUCCAGCCUGAAGUGGAGGUGUUUCUGCCUUAUAUCUUCUCUCCUCCCUUCAUCGUGUCAGCUAACGAUUAUUCAGGAAACUUAUCUCAACCUGCUGGCCCUGUCCCAAAUCUUUAGGGCAAGGGUCAUGAGAGUGAUGUCACGGUCAUGUGCCUAUACCUUGCCCCCUCUGCUGCGCUGGUCCUAACACUCUAAAAAGCCAACUGUGUCCCCUGCCUCCAGUUUAUCUGGACAGAGACCUGAGCAGAAAGAUUUUCUCCUGAUGGCUGACUCUCAACCGCUCCUCUCCCUUGAUGGGGACCCUGUGGCUGCAGAAGCCUUGCUCCAGGAUGUGUUUGGGAUUGUGGUGGAUGAGGUUAUUCGAAAAGGGACCAGUGCCUCCGAGAAGGUCUGUGAGUGGAAGGAGCCCGAGGAGCUGAAGCAGCUGCUGGACUUGGAGCUGCGGCACGAGGGCGAGUCACAGGAGCAGAUCCUGGAGCACUGCCGGGCCGUGAUCCGAUACAGCGUGAAGACCUGUCACCCUCGUUUCUUCAACCAGCUCUUCUCAGGGUUGGAUCCCCAUGCCCUGGCCGGGCGCAUUGUCACAGAGAGCCUCAACACCAGCCAGUACACGUACGAAAUCGCCCCUGUGUUUGUCCUCAUGGAGGAGGAGGUGCUGAAGAAACUCCGGGCCCUGGUGGGCUGGAGCUCUGGGGACGGGGUCUUCUGUCCUGGUGGCUCCAUCUCCAACAUGUAUGCUGUGAACCUGGCCCGCUAUCAGCGAUACCCAGACUGCAAACAGAGGGGCCUCCGGGCACUGCCGCCCCUGGCCCUCUUCACAUCGAAAGAGUGUCAUUACUCCAUCAAGAAAGGAGCCGCUUUUCUGGGACUUGGCACCGACAGUGUCCGAGUGGUCGAGGCAGAUGAGAGAGGGAAAAUGAUCCCUGAGGAUCUGGAGAGGCAGAUCAGCUUGGCCAAGGCCGAGGGCGCCGUGCCAUUCCUGGUCAGUGCCACCUCUGGUACCACAGUGCUGGGGGCCUUUGACCCCCUGGAGGCAAUCGCGGAUGUGUGCCAGCAUCACGGGCUGUGGCUGCAUGUGGACGCUGCCUGGGGUGGGAGCGUCCUGCUGUCACAGACACAUAGACAUCUCCUGGCUGGCAUCCAGAGGGCUGACUCCGUGGCCUGGAAUCCCCACAAGCUCCUCUCCACAGGCCUGCAGUGCUCAGCUCUUCUUCUCCGGGACACCUCGAACCUGCUCAAGCGCUGUCACGGGUCCCAGGCCAGCUACCUCUUCCAGCAGGACAAGUUCUACGACGUGGCUCUGGACACGGGAGACAAGGUGGUGCAGUGUGGCCGGCGUGUGGACUGUCUGAAGCUGUGGCUCAUGUGGAAGGCACAGGGCGGGCAGGGGCUGCAGCGCCGUGUGGACCAGGCCUUUGCCCUUGCCCGGUACCUGGUGGAGGAGCUGAAGAAGCGGGAGGGAUUUGAGUUGGUCAUGGAGCCUGAAUUUGUCAACGUGUGUUUCUGGUUCGUGCCCCCCAGCCUGCGGGGGAAGAAGGAGAGUCCAGAUUACAGUGAAAGGCUGUCUAAGGUAGCCCCAAUCCUCAAGGAGCGCAUGGUGAGGAAGGGUUCCAUGAUGAUUGGCUACCAGCCCCAUGGUACCCGGAGCAACUUCUUCCGCAUGGUCGUGGCCAACCCUGCGCUGACACGGGCUGAUAUGGACUUCCUGCUGAAUGAGCUGGAACGGCUGGGCCAGGAUCUCUGAGUCGCUCCAUCUCGCUGCUGGCCUGGACCCCUCCCCCAAUCCUCGCCAUCUCCCUGUAUCUCCUCCCUGCGUUCUCCAAGAAGAAACUCUAGGAAACAAAGCGUAUUCAUUUUUCUGUGCUUUGACCCACUAGCUCGCCUGUAAAUUUCGGGCUGGCCAAAAAGUUGGUUCUGGUUUUUCCUCGUAACAUCUUAUAGAAACACCCAAAUGAACUUUUUGGCCAACCCAAUAUUUGAUAUUAAGAGGAUGUUUAAAUAAAUGGUAGGAUAUCUAUAUGGUAGAAUAUUGCUCUGCCAUUUAAAUUGUGUUUACAAAGAGGACUUUUAUAGAUAGGAGAAAAAUAAUUUUAAUACAAUGUUAUGUUGAGAAAGCUGAUAUGACUGUAUAUAUGGUAAUAUCUGACCUGUAUUCAAAAAUACAUAGGAAAAGACUGAUGAGAUGGAAUAUGCCAGAAUAUUAAUAGUUUUACCUGGGAUGGGAUUGUAAGCAGUUUGAAAAUGAACUUCUUUAUGCUUUUUGUGCUCCCUGCUUUUAUGAUAUAAUGAAUAUCUAUUGCAUUUAUUAAAAAUAGGAAAAUAAUAAAAGUUAAAUUUUCAGCCAUA